CUUUAUUUGACGUUUAUUUGUUGAUCAACAAUGCGAAAUUUCUAAAUUAAGUUGAUCUCAGCAUAUCAAUCAUAUAGUUUUAUAACUUAACUUUAUAAAAUAAACUUCGUAGCAUCUGAUUCAUUAUGGACAACGCAUGCAAUUUCUGUUUUUGUAAGAAUCGAAGCGUAGUGGAACUACAGCAAAACGGUAGCAGGCAAAAUCCACCAAUGCAGUGCAUCGCAGCCAAACAUUUUUGGUUCACUAACGAAGAACUGGAAUGCUUUUACAUUUGUGAAUUAUGCCGUAACAAGCUGCUAGAAUUCCAUCAGUUUUACUGUCAAGUUGAGAACCUUUAUGCCGCCGAUCCUGAACUAGACCAAAUCAAAUUGGAAUGCGUGUCGAUUGAAACUGAUACAGAUCACGGGGAGAACGAAGACGUUGACGAAAAAACGGAAAGUGAAACUACCCAAAACGAGGAAACUAUUCAUGAAAGUGAAACCACCAGUAAUAAAAACGUUCAUCGCCUUACACAAAGCAAACUUUCAAGGAGAAGAAAAAGAGUCACAUAUUCUAAGGACCAGUUCCCGACCUUCGAUCACAUUACCGACGAGGACAUCCGAAUCUUCUGCCGGAUGGAGUGCCAUGUCUGCGCGGAACAGUUCGAUCAUUACGGCAAUCUGAAGAACCACUGCGUCAGCGCUCACAAUCAGCACGGGUGCUAUGUGAACUGUUGCGGGUGUCGGUUCACAUCGUUGCAAAGACUGCAGGAGCACAUUAUCGUUCAUCUUGAUCCGACGUACUUCCGGUGCAAACAUUGCACCAAAAUCAUGAGCUCGCGGCGCAGUCUGAUACGGCACUAUCAUAGCGUUCAUCUUUCGGAGGAGGGUAAAAAGUUUAGCUGUGACAUGUGUCCAAAAAAAUUCGGCAAGCAGUUUCUGUUGAACGACCACAUCAAAUGUGCACACGACCACAACAAAUGUGAUCCGACGUACUUCCGGUGCAAACAUUGCACCAAAAUCAUGAGCUCGCGGCGCAGUCUGACACGGCACUAUCAUAACGCUCAUCUCUCGGAGGAGGGUAAAAAGUUUAACUGUGACAAGUGUCCAAAAAAAUUCGGCAAGCGGUUUCUGUUGAACGACCACAUCAAAUGUGCACACGGCGCGAGAAAUUCAAACAGUGUUAAUAAAGGAAAAUAAGAUUUCGAAAUUAA